AUGGGUGUUGCGGCGGCGUCUCUUUCGCGGCGGCGACUCUCUGCGGCGCAACCUAUUUCUAUAUUGUUUUCAAGGGUCAGGUUUGUGACCCUGGUGUGCAUGGCUACAGAUUCAAGGAAACGCACAUUGGAGGCUUUGGAAAAAAGAAUAGCUUUUGCUAAAGCUGAAGUUCUCCAAAAAGAAAAGAAAAACAAAAAGAAUAUAAAUGAAGAUGGGAAACCACCUAUUGCUGCAGAUUCUACUACUAAAGAUCCUUCCCCGCAUCUGUUGCAUUCAUCAUCAGUCACACCCAAGAAAGGGAAUUUCAGCUUUUCCGGUCAUUCAAAUUCACAAGACAUUGAAGAUGGUCCUAUAUAUGCCCAACUUUCUCUGCCUGUAAAUGAGAAUCUGCUCAUAACUAAUGAGUUUUCUACUAAAGGAGGUUCAAUUGAUGGCAUAUUGCAUGAGCUUCUUCAGAAGGGAGAUGCUUCACAAAAGUACAUGCAGGGGUCUAGAAACAUGAAAAUUGACAAUUGGGUCCUUCUUGAUAAUUAUGUCCAAAAACGGGUGUUUUCCUCUGGUUCUCAAACCAGAGCUUUGCAACUUCAUUCAAAACGCUCUAAGAAACACAUGUCUAUGAAACAACAUAAAAAGUAUGGAUCAUUAGCUCUUCCUCAAGAGUUCCACAAGUUCGAAAUUUUCAAGCCAAUGUAUGAAAUGUGGAAAGAUUACAUAAAGCUGCUUCUUAAAUCCACUGGGAAAACUCAAUUGGCUCAAUGUCUUCUAGGUGCAGAUCUACAUGGUGCUUUCAUUUUAGUUGUGGAGUGUAAAAUAACCCAUUUUACAGGAAUUCGUGGCAUUAUGAUUCGUGAAACUGCAGAAGCAUUUGGGAUAAUUACUGAAGAUGAUAAAUUUCGAGUUGUUCCCAAAAAGGUUUCUGUGUUUGUAUUCCAAGUUGAUUGCUGGAAAGUCACUCUGAAUGGAGAUAAACUUGGUUCAAGAAAGGUUGGAUUAUAA